AUGGCAAAGGGCCACCAAGAUAAAGGAGGCUCUGGAUUCUAUGGAUUCUCUAAAAGCAGAGGACGCCAUGAAACAGGGCAUCUGAGGUGUGUGAAGAGCGUUGCUGGAGCAGAGAGCACAAUUGUUGAAGCUGAUCUUGUUGACACGAAGCCUCUCAACGCCGAAACUUGGCUGCGGCUUUGGAUUUGA